AUGAGUAAUGUGAUCCACGAAUUGACAACAACCCCUGCUGGUGCACAUGCCGUUAUCAACAGUAGCCUUUUCAACAGUACUGGCACCAACUCAGCAAGCGACACUGGAAAGAAGAGAAAAGUCCCAAGCCCAGGGGGUCCCACUGGUUGUGCUACAGCCGCUCACACGCAGCAGCAGCACGCAAAGCAGAGCGCCCUACAGACCCCCCGUGCUUGCUACAGCCGGUGUGUGCUCGGGCCAGCCAAUGCUUCUCUUGUUCCGCCGAAUUCAGCCAGUGCCAUAGCGACGUCUAUCCUGGGCAGUGCCACGGUUGUUGACCCUAAUAUCCUGGGUAGUGCCACGGUUGUUGACCCUAAUAUCCUGGGUAGUGCCACGGUUGUUGACCCUAAUAUCCUGGGUAGUGCCACGGUUGUUACCCCUAAUAUCCUGGGUAGUGCCACGGUUGUUGCCCCUAAUAUCCUGGGUAGUGCCACAGUUGUUGACCCUCAUAUCCUGGGCAGCGCAGUGACUGGGCAAGUGGGUGAAUCAGACGGCUCGAGCGGCAUGAACGGCGCGGACGGCACGGACGGCACGGGCGGCAGGGCUCGGUGGCAUUCUGGCGACGACGAGUUUGGUGGUGCAGGCGCGUGCCCUCAGCAGCAGCCUGUGUGCAACGCAGAUGGUAUGCUAGGGACCCCCUCAGAUGAGAACCAGUGGGGGAGCGCGGAAGGGUUGCGCGCACGAGAUGAGCGCGGGGUGAGAUACCAGAGCAAGACCAUUGGCUGCUGCGCACGCGACGUGCAAGAUGAGUGUGCCACUGACGAUGAGCCGUUGCCUCGGUGCCAGGCCGCCAGGACUGGUUCGGCGCCGAACCAGAGGGUUAGGAGGCGCAGCAUCGCAGAGCGGCAGAGGAGAGGGAGGAUCAGUGAGGGGCUGCGGAGGCUGCGGGCAAAGGUGAGGGGGCGAGGGGACACGUGCGCUAUGCUGGAUAGAGCUGUGGGUUAUGUUGAUGCAUUGGAGAAACGAGUGAUGGAGCUAGAGGGGGUUGUCAUUGCGGCUGCUGGGCCUGGAAGAAACGGUUUCCCUGGGAAUGCAUUUGCUGGUGGUGCUUUUGGCGGUAAUGCUUUUGCUAAUGAUGCCGCAGCGCUGAGGGCAAUGCCGGCUGCACUGGCAUCGGUCUGUACUAGCCUUGGGAGUGACGCUGUUGCUGGUUGGCCUGGGAAGUGA